CCAGCACCCAUUUCCGGGGGGGCGGAGCCGUGAGGCCGCGCCGGGUGCGGGCAGGGCCUGUACCGGGGCUGUCAUGGCGGCGCCUCUGCGGGACCGGCUGUGCUUCCUCAGCCGGCUCCCGGUGCUGCUGCGGGGCACGGCGGACGAGGACGGGCCCUGCCCCGGGUACGUGCUGGAGGAGAUCGCCAAGAUCUCCCGCGAGUCGCCCGGCAGCAGCCAGUGCCUGCUGGAGUACCUGCUGAAACGGCUGCAGAGCGGCUCCUGCCGCGUCAAGCUGAAGGUGCUGAAGAUCCUGCUGCACACGUGCGCCCAGGGCUCCCCCCAGUUCGUCCUGCAGCUGAAGAGGAACGCCGCCUUCAUCCGCGAGGCUGCAGCAUUCACUGGGCCCCCAGACCCCCUCCAUGGCAACAGUUUGAACCAAAAGGUGCGGGCGGCUGCACAGGAUUUGGCCAGCGUUCUCUUCUCGGAUGCUGCUCUCCCGACUCCUGCCCCGCUGCCUGCCCGUCCCCUGCCUCCCGCGGGCAUGGGAUCCAAGCCCAGCCCCUGCAGCUCCUUGCAAGGAUUCGGCUUCAGCAGCGAGAGGAGUGGCUCCGGCUCUGCAGGUGAAGCCCUGCUCAGCACCAUCCAGCGAGCGGCCGAAGCGGUGGCCAACGCCGUGCUCCCCACCCCGGAGGCUCCCCGGCCCCCCUGCAGGGAGCUCCACGAGGAUUCCUACCAGCCCGUGAGGGCUCCCUCUCCCUCCAGGAGCUCGCCCAGCUCCGCCAGGCCUCCAGCAGCCACCACAGCUCACAGCACCCGAGCGAGCCACCAGCCGGGGCUGGCCGGGGGAGGCUGGGAGGAGGCGGACAGCGGGCACAGCUCGCAGGAUUCCUCGCAGGACAACGCUGACCUGAGCCGAGCCUCCGACUCCUACAGCAAAUCCGGCAGCGACAGCCACUCCGGGGCCAGCAGGGACUUGGCAAACGGGGCUGAGAGGGUGGACGCUGAGGGGCCGGGUGACUGCCUGCGGGAGGUGAGCCUGGUGGCGGCGCUCACCCAGGGCCCCAGGGUGUUCCUGAGCAGGGAGGAGGCGCAGCAAUUCCUCAAGGAGUGCGGGCUCCUGAACUGCGAGGUGGUGCUGGAGCUGCUCAGCCGGGCCCUGCAGGACCCCAGCGACAGCGUCCGCAUGCGCUCCAUGUGCGCCAUCUCGUCCCUCAUGUGCUCCGACCUGCUGGCCCUCGACCAGAUCUUCGCCGCGACGCAGCAGCACCUGCAGCAGCUCAGCCAAGGCAGCCCCGGCCCCGUGGCCAACCGAGCCACCAAGCUCCUGCGCCAGUUUGAGGCUCUGUGCAGGGGCCGCCCGUCCCUGAAGAGCCCCCACCCCUCCGUCCUCCCCAAAGCUUCAGCCCCAUGCGCCGCGGACCUGCUGACGGACGUCCCCCCCCUGCCCAACGAGGGAAUCCUCCAGCCCCUGAGCGCGGCCCCGCUCCCCCCCGCUGCUGUCCCGGCCCCCGGGGGGGAUCCCCAGCUGCAAACGGAGCCCUGGGGGGAGCCCGGCCCCACGGCAGCGGCCACCCCAAGCGAGCAGGAGGCGGCCAGCAGACUGCAGGGGGACACAUCCACCACGGCUGCUCCCCCCCGCAGCCUGUCCCUUUUUGCUGGCAUGGAGCUGGUGGCCCGGCCCGGCACGGUGCUCGCCCCCCUCUCCCCCCACGAGGAGCCGCGGACGCUGCCCCAGCCCGAGGAUGAGGCUAGGCCCCCUCAGAGCAGCCGGGAGCCUUCUGCCUUCUCCUUCCUCAACGUGUAGCUGCUGUCACACCCGGCCCUGGGACCCCCCCGUGCUGCCCAAUUUUGGGGGCUCUCUGGGGGCACGUUCCUCGGCUCCCCCCGCGGCACUGGGGGGCAAAUAAAGGAGCUGCCCCGCAGGGGAGAGCAAAA